AUGUCCAACCUGUAUUCUCGUAAUCAAAAACCAAACAGCAUGUAUCCCACUGUGCUUGACAGAGGCCGGGAGUUAGAGCCAUACAUGGCGGGCCUAACAGACCACCCCGAACUCAACCCUCACCUGUCUUCUGGCAUGCAACCGCUAGAGUUUAUGGACACACCAGCCCCACGAACGUUCCUCGCACCGGAAAACUAUUCCACAACCCGACGAGGCUCAUGUUGUAGCGAUACACUGGGCUCACAGUACGCAUGGUCCACAGCCUCCAACGCAGAUCUACUUGCAACCUCCCCAGCUCUAUCCUCCCUCGAGCCCUCGGCCUGCUCAGGACCAACUUCCCCCUACAUGCAGAGCUACUACCCAUCGGGCCAUAUGCAGCCCGCUAUAAACACACCCGAUAUAUCGACCUAUAGCCCCCAGCAAAUCAACAAAUGGUGCAUCGAGACCAACCCCAGCGGCGACUUCUACCCUUCCUAUCCAGCAAUAAACCCAGGUGCCAUACCCUACCCACCCACUACAGAUCUUCAAUCAGACCCUUUCACCCACAGUGACUCCCUGAGCACAGCAAACGACUGGCUCUCAAUGCCAGCCUUCACAGACCCAAUCCCAAUUCCCGAAUCCUUCUUCCCAGUCUCAAUCCCCCAAACUCAAUCCCAACAACUCAUCCCCUCAUCAACAACAACAACUACUACUACUUCAAAUACCUCCUCCACAGGAACACGCCCCUCCCCAACCCGCUCCUUCUCCGACAAUCCCUCCCCGCCAAGCAGCACAAGCGACCUAACACACUACGGGACCCCAACAGCAGACGGAGCCUGGCGGUAUUGGACUUACUACGUCACGAGCUCUUGCAGCCAACGGCGCGCAGAAGGUCUAUAUUCUAGGACGUCGACUGGAAGUGCUAGAGAAGGCCGCCGAGUACCCAGCAUAGUCCCAGUCCAAGCCGAUGUGACAUCCAAGGCUGAUCUUCAAGCGGCAGUCCACCGCAUUAAAAACGAAGUCGGCUAUGUCAACCUUGUCGUCGCCAAUUCGGGCAACAUCGGACCUGCGGUGCGCUUUAGUCCCACCCUUAACAUCACCGCGGCCUUCUUUGCCAUGACGGCUUUCCUGGAGCUGCUCGACGCUGGUACCCAGAAGGCCCUACAGGGCGGCUUCGGCAAGCCCGUCAGGGAUGGCACCGACGUCCCAUCUAUCCAGAGCCAGACCAUCUUCACAACCAGUGUGUCUGCCUUUAGUCGACACUGGUCGUCGUCGCCUCCGUAUUUGACUAGCAAGGUCGCUAUUAUGCAUGCAGCCAAACAUGCCAGUACCCAGUUGGCCAGAUUUGGCAUUCGUGUCAACGCGUCGGGAGAACUCCACUGUCUGCCGCCACUAAACCUUAUGCGGAUUAAGGUCCAUGCAAGGAUCCGUGAGGCUUGUCUCAUGUGCCUUGAGCGUUUACACCAAUAG